AGUGCUGCCAUCGUGUUGCCGCUUAUAUGACGUCGGCGCGGUGGUAGCGAACUAGAGGCGAACGCUGAAACAUCGUUUUUUUCAAUUUCAAUUUCAAACAUAUACCCGGUAGUCGGCGGCGUCGGGCGGUCGCGAUCAGCGGUCAGGUCAGGUCAGCACUGUCAGCAGAUGGUUGUCAGUUGUUACAGUCACGACUCAUCCUCGAACGACCUGAGGCCAAAAUCAAUGAAACUUCGAGGAGCGAUCUCCACUGCAACAGUAUUUUUUUGAAGCAAAAAAUUGUUGUCCUUCACGUCGAGUAUAACGCUUUUGCGUUUCAUAAUUUAGCAUUAAUUUUUAUCGCGAUGGAUGCGACCAUCGUGAAUCUUGAGCAGAGUGUUAAGGACGCCGAUGGAAAAUUGGGUAUGAUCACCUGGCGAAUCGACGCUUUCGAGAAAGAAUUUCAAGACCCUGAUAACGAGGUAUCAGUGCUGCGACUUCUCCGUUCUGUGACGCAGGUUAAAGAAGAAUAUCAGACACUGCGUCAGGACAUCCUUGAGGUGCAACAGUUGCAGAAACAACUUUCAGAUUCUUUGAAAACUCAGCUGACCCAGGUACACGGUCACUUCAACAUUUUGCGAAAUAAAAUUUUAGGACAAAAGAAAGUCCCCCAGCUCAAAUAAGUCGACGAGUCAAUUAGACAUAAAUGCGCAAUUCUGUACUUCCACGAGUAUCGUUUGAAAAAAGUCGAAAAAGUUUCUGAAAUAGACAUUUCUGUUUUUAUAAUAGAUGCGAAUCUCUUUUUUUAUACCAAAAACAUAUUAUUCAAUAUUUAUAAUCAAGACUCAAACAUUCUUUACCUUUACUUUCAUUUGAUUUUGGAAUUAAUGGGUGAAGAGAAAUUGCAUCGCUAUAUGGAAAUACAAUGAGACUUUUCGUCUAACAAUUGUUGAAGAAAUAACAUUUAACUGGGAAAUGAACAAAAUUUGGUCAACCCUUGAAGCACUAGUUGCAAUUCUUGCUGGAACGUUUGUGGAGAAAAUGUCAAUGAGAUGAGUGAUCAGGGAUAUUCCCAAUUGUACAUGAGUAACUUACGAAUAUCUUAUUUCUAUUACAACUAUUAUCGUUUUUUUCUCAACUUUUUUUUCCACAAAAAAAAAUGAAUUUCAUCUUACUAAAGAGACAUUUAGAAUAUAAACCUCUUUGGUUGAUAGGAUUCCUCGAUUUAUCAUAUCUCUGAUCAAGAUUUUCAUAAGUGAAAAAAGAAAAAAGAAAAGUAGUCUGUCAUAAAUCUUGUUACAAUUAUUGCUGUUAUUGACUGAAUGAUUAACCAUGUAAUUCUCUACAUGUUUAAUCAUUUCUUCCAACAUAAUUUUUUAAUUUUUCAACGAUUCGGGGCGUGCCGAAAAAAUGCUGCAGGAACAUACUUUAUAGUCCGGUUUUUUGUUAAAAUUUUUUUUCUCCAGGUUUUUGAGGUUCCUUUCGUUCAAAUAUUCUUUUCAAGUUCAAACAAACUGAGAAUAAAAGUUGAGAAAAAAUGCUUUCUCCCGGUACUCCUCCUCAUUUGAAAUUACGAAUAUUUUCUACGAAAUGGAAAAAAUUCCUGAUGUUAUUUUUGUUCACGAGAAAUGACCACCUCAUUUUCAAUGUGUCGACCUAGAGAACGGGUUAAGCAUCGCUUCGUGGCCUGCAAAUCCUCUACGGAGCACUGUGAGAGCCAUGAAAUGGGUGCAAAUAAAUUUUUAAAAAGGCAAACAUUCUUUUGUGAUAAAAAUACCGUGACCUGGAUCGAGAUGAAAAGAAUUUUCAUCGCCCAGGGACAUUUUUUUUUUCACGCGAUACAACCUGUGAAUAAGUAACGAGUCAUGAUUGGAAUAGAAAAAAAAAUAACUUUAUGCUGAACGACUUUUCAAUAAUUUGUUAAUACGUUUGUUCGCACGGGGGGGGGGGGGGGGAGGCUAUAGCAGUGUUUUGCCUUUCCGAAUACACAAAAUGCACGAGUUGUGCUCUUAUCAAUGGUAUUGGGGCCAAUCGGUAUGUACGAAUGAAUCGCUUUGGUCUAACGCGACCGGCAAUUUUUUUUUCUAAUUCUACGAAACAAAUAGGGUAGACCGGAGCAAAUGGGAACACCCUCCCGAAGAAGUGAAAAUUUUUUUCCCCAGCAUGGAAAUUUACAAAAUUUUAUUAUUUUACUCAGAACAUUUGUUUGAGACUUGAUAUUCGAUACAAAAAUGGAAUUUUUUCGGGAAUUGAAAAUUUUUUUGGAAACAAACAAUCGACUCACGCAGUGGAGGAUGAGCCUCGGAGGAGUGAUGUUCAUUGUGAAAUUGAUUAUUUUAUGCAGUAUUCAGUUUUUGAAGUAUUACGUCCUCAAUCGAAUAACGAAACUUGACAAUUUUUUAAUGAGGAAAAAACAUUAUCAAUUAGCGGGAGGGAGACUUUGCCCGGCUUUUUCGUUUUGCCCCAUUUUUAUCUCCUAUGCAUUCUCAUCUUUGACAGCAUUGGCGUCGAAACGAAUUCAGACGUUCGCAGCGUCGUGGUCAUGACCAGUGCACCCUAACUAGAAAUCUUGGGAUCGAUUCUUGCACUGGUUAAUUUUUUUUCUUCAAUAUAGCUUAUAUUCAUUUCCAAUUGAAAGAAUAAAAAAAAUAAGAGUUUAAAAUAAAAAAGAUUUAUUUUUAAAAAUGUGAGAAGGAAGAAAUCGCCCUCAGUGAAGAAAGCUAUAAGAGCGAAAAGUUCGCCGUGAUGUCCCCAAUGCAUAACAGCUAUGAGAGCAAAAAGGACGCCCUAUGUCCCCAGCAUAUAAGCCUACGGGAGGAUGUGAGAGCGAGAAUGAAACGCGCCAUCAGCGCCGCCACAUUUGAGAACUAACGCUGGAGACAUGUCCCCACUAAAGUUGGCACAAAAGAUCUGCAUAGGCUACAUUUACACGGCCCUCUUAGUCCGUUUUAGUUAUAUCAAUAUAGAUAUACAAAAUGCAUAUCUGUCGAUAUAUAUAAAUAUACCCGUCUGUAUAUACAAAACCGGAAUAAGAGGGUCGUGUAUAAACAUAGUCAUAGACUGCUCUUGUAUGUACGUCUGAAUUCGUUGGCAUUUGGGAUCCAACAUGUGGGCGGGGCCUAUUCAAAAUGGCGCAGAAAAGUACCAGUGGCAUAUGAACAUCUAUGUGUCACAUUCAUUUUCUGCCAAAACGUUGCUAAGCUUAGAAACUAUUUGUGAUUGGGCAGGUACAAAUCCUGCCCAACGUAAUGUUGCUAAAGGCGAACGGGUGUUAGCAGCUGAUCACAUAAUUAAAUGCGGUUUAAACUAUGAAAAUGAAUCAAAUGACGAAAUCAGUAACGUGUUUAUAAACCGCUUGUAUAUACGUAGGAAAUUUUCUUUUUCCCGGUGUUGCACGUGAAGAAUAUUUUGCCGGGUGCAUUUUUACAGUUUCAUUCAAAUUUCCUUGCAAUUGAUAGAAUUUACAGAAAAACACGUAUUAACUGUCUACUCUCAUGCUUCCUUUUUCUGUUUCCAUCCUCGGCCACUAGAUGUCACGUCUCUUUAUGUUGGAUCCCAUUAGACGGAAAAUUUAUAUCGUUUUUUUCAUUAGAAUAUGACUGUUGAAAUUCUACGUAAAUCUUAAAAUUUGAACGUAAUAUUUAAUGAAAAAUACUGCUUCUGAUUUUUGGUAUACGAUUCAUAGAAGUGGGAACUCUCGUGACGAAGUUUACCGCGCGCGGAGAAGCAAAAAAAUCAAAAACUAUUUUAUCCUUGAAUAUCGUAGAUUAUUUAUGUUUGUUUAUGAAUUAGUACGAUGAGGGAUACGAAGUGAAGUUUUCGUGUCCUCCAAACCCGACGACACGUUCGUUAGUGAUAGAAAUCGAUCAUGAAGUCGUAUAUUCCAUUUUUUUUUCAAAAGGGAAUAUACGACUUUAUGAUGUAGGGAAUCGUGCGUUUUUAUUGCUCGUAAUGAAUUACAAGAAUAGAUUACAAGGGAAUAGAGAAACGUUGAUUGCCUUGACAGAUGCGUUAUUGGUGAUUGUAUUCGUGAUGAGUAUUAAAAGUAAAAAUAAUUCGCGACGAAAAGUUUAGUUUCGUCGUGGGUUCGAUAUAUACUAAAAUCUUGUCGUCUUCUUCACGUAGAGAAGUCAUAUGAACUCGUAGUAUGAAUUAUCUUGAGGCAACAUCGUAGAAAUGUCGCGACCGCGUACUUUUGUAUCGAAAAAUGCAGAAAUGUCGGUAGCAAACGGAGCAAGAACGAAAGAUAACCAAAAAUAAAUCGAGUGGAUCAAUAAAACAAUAUAACGGAUAUUCCUUAAAUCGACAAUAGAGGACAAAGAUUGUGAGCUAACGAAAGUGCAAUCUGCAUUUUUUGAUGAAAUUAUCUGACUACGCACAAAUCUUGAUGAAUCCUCGUGUGAUCUCACUUUCAUAUUUAUCAGAGAUACUUUUUCAACACGUCGAUUUUUUUCGACAGCGAUGAAUUUCGAUUGAAUGAACGAGCAAAUGCUUGGAUAUGGCUAAACGAAGUUAAUUUUCUGUAUUAAGCACACCAUAGAAUCGAAAAAAGAUAAACCAACGUUCGAACAACCAGACGCUAACGUUUCUCGACAUCAUUGGAAAUCAUUAAUUUGAAGUUUUUCACACUUCUUUAAAAAAAAAAAAAUACGUUCGUUAUCGGUUAUGUAAAUGAAUAUUAUUUUCCUGCUGAAAAAACGUAGAAAAUUAAUGUAACCUUGAGAAAAAAAAUCAUUAUUCGAGGUUUUAUUGGCGAAUUUCACUAGAAAAUGAACAUAGAAUUAGUAUGAAAAAAGAAAGAAAGUUGGAAGCUAGUUUCGUCAAUUUCCAAUGUUCACGUCACUCUGUCGUUUACUCUACGAUCGCGUGAAUGCUAAUAAUGAAAUUCAUCGAGCAAUAGAUUAUUCAAGAUUGAUGGAACGAUUUCAUAAAAGAAAGAAGUAUUUGUGAAAUUAUUGAAUCAUCGAACGAACCAAUAAAUGUAAAGCGACAACAACAAUACGUGAUCAACCUCUGAUGUUUCACAAUUGUUGUCGUUCCAUAUAUAGUAUUCAUAUACACUGUAGUGAUUUAGAUGAUAAAAAUGUCAUAGUGUUAAGCAUUGAAGAGAAAAAUGGUCUGUAACACAUUCUCACGUGCCAAAAAAAUUACACAAUUAUGUUUUUUUUUUUUUCAUCUCAUUUUUUCAUCUUUUCAUCUAUGUUUCUCGACAUUUGAGACUUGGCACGAAUACUAGUAUGUACUAUCAUGCGCACCGUAAUUAAACUCUGGUAAAAAUAUUCAAUACUCGCGUAUGAUGUGAGCAAGUACAUCUAUAAUACUGCACUUGCUUUGCACAAAAACUCAUGAAACUUAUUCACGAUCCGAAAGUGGAAAAUCCCGUUGUCAGAGAGAGAGAGAGAGAGAGAGAGAGAGAGAGAGAGAGGGAGAGGGGGGGGGGGGCGUGAGACAAAAUUACAACCUCGAGCUUAACGUCGUAUUAUUCUCCUGUGUCGUAAGUCAUGAAAAAUAAUAAUGAAUAGAGUAUGAAAGAAUAUGAAUUCGUCAAACAGUAACUUCUCGUGAUUACGGGGAAGUCUCUAUGUUGAGCCAACAAACGUUCAAUUUCAUCGUGCGUUCUCCUGUCCGAUUGACGGAAUUCCAGAAACGCUUUCCAUUUUUACUCGUUUAUAUUUCACGCACGUUUAUUCUGAUCUACCAUUUUUCCCCAUAUCCUUUAUAAUCCAAUUUUACAACUACGAUUGCUCAACUAUUUCGAUCAUUUUUUCGAUAUAAAAAAUCUAAUACAUGCAUACACGUAUGUAUACAUAUCUUUAUUGAAUCUGUACCUUUUUAGAUAUUUAUCGUAUAUAUUAUUGUGAAAUAAACUGUUACUUAUGUGUAAA